AUGCGCCUGAUCAAGAACAAGAUCGAGCACGAUGGCUCGGGGACGGUCACUCUGUGUCCCGAAGAGCCUGAAGAUAUGUGGCACGCAUACAACCUCAUCCGUCCAGGUGAUCUUCUCCGCGCGAGCGCAAUCCGGCGCGUAACAACAGUCCAAGACACAGGAUCGACAUCAUCCGCCAGGGUGCAUCUGUCCCUCGAAAUCAAAGUGAAAAGCCUCGACUUCGACCCGCACAGCUCGCAGCUGCACGUAUCCGGGCAGAUCAUGAACGAGACCGCGCACACGAAAGUGGGGCAAUUUCACACGCUUGAUCUCGAGUUGAACCGCAAUUUUACACUGGAGAAGAAGGUUGGUGCUGACGGGGAGGGCGUGGGGUGGGAUAGUAUCGCGGUGGAAAUGCUGAAGGAUGCGGUUGAUGAGGGCGGGAAACGGCGCGCGGAGGCAGUGGCGGUUGUGAUGCAGGAGGGACUGGCGCAUAUCUGCUUUAUUGGGCAAUUCCAGACGAUAAUGAAACAAAAGGUUGAGAUGUCGGUGCCGAGGAAGAGGCAGGGUGGUGGAGAUCAUGAUAAGGGGAUGAGCAAGUUCUUCCGCGUGACGUUGGAAACCCUUCUGCGUCAGAUGGACUUUAACACCAGCAUUACGUCUGGCUCUAAUAACGAAGCCGUGCGGCCUGUUCUACUCGCCUCGCCUGGGUUCGUUGCCGCAGGGUUCCACAAGUACAUUCAGUCGGAGGCAUCAACGACAACACCUGGUCUGAAGCGAUUGCUUCCCAGCAUUGUCGUCGUGCACUCUGCCUCGGGGUAUCUCAAUUCAUUAUCUGAGGUCCUCCAAUCACCCGCAGUGAAGACUCUCCUUGCGGAUACCAAGUACGCCCGCGAGACCAGAUUGAUGGACGACUUCCUGGAUCAGCUGCGCAAAGAAACGAACAAGGCAACAUACGGUCCUCGCGAGGUGGAAUCCGCUGUCGACCAAGGAGCUGUCGGCCGCGGUGGGGGUGUGUUGAUCAUGUCGAACCGGCUGUUCCGGUCGCAAGAUGUCGCUGAGCGUAAACGGUGGGUCGCUCUGGUAGACCGUGUUCGGGAUGUCGAGGGUGGCGAGGUACGUGUUCUUAGCUCUGACCAUGAAAGUGGAAAGCGUCUUGAGGGGCUUGGAGGCAUCGCGGCCCUUUUGACAUUCCCUGUUGUUGAGGAGGAGCUGCAUUCGGAGGAUGAGGCCGCCGAUGCUGACUGA